AGAAAAGAAAAGGUAGACCCCACCCCCAACCCAACCACGGUUGCAUAUUGCAUCGCAAUGCACGUUUUACCUCCAUGUUCUUUUCGCUCUCCAGUCUCGACCAGUGGAGCUUCCAUAUUUCUCCUCUCCAAAGGCGGAGAUUACUUUUUCAAGGGACGGAGAAGUGAUUAGAUUCUGUGAUCUUCGAGCCAUGAAUUCCAGAAGGGAUUACCGUAAUAAUAAAGUUUCACUUUUUGAUGGCAUUGAGGAGGGUGGCAUUAGAGCCUCUUCUUCUUAUUCCCAUGAAAUUGACGAGCAUGAUAAUGAAAGAGCUAUGGAAGGAUUGCAAGAUAAAGUCAACCUUCUGAAGAGACUUUCGGGUGAUAUAAAUGAGGAGGUGGAGACCCACAACCGCACGCUGGAUCGAAUGGGCAAUGAUAUGGAUUCAUCAAGAGGAGUCUUGUCUGGAACCAUGGAUAAGUUUAAAACGGUGUUUGAGACCAAAUCAAGCAGGAGAAUGUUUACCCUGGUUGCAUCAUUUCUAGUCAUUUUCUUAAUUGUAUACUAUCUCACUAGGUAAACAAUUUAUGAUGUAUUUGAUACAGCUUGCAGCUUUAUGUACCCUUUUACUGUAUUCAAUGUCAUCUGCUUCAUGUAAGGGAUUAUGAUGUGGUUGUAUAAAGAGAAUUUUAUUCUAUAAAACCGCUGUAAAAAUGCAUUAAAAUA